AUUAUAGGUCUAUAGAAAAUUAGAAACCACGAAAACACGACACACAACAAAUCGGAAAUACUGUUGUAAAAUGGUUUAUUUACAUUUCCCAUCUAACUUAACUGAGGAAGAACUUAUGCUGCAAGCAAAGUAUCAAAAGCUUAAAAAGAAAAAGAAGGCUUUGCAAGCGUUAAAGGCACCAAAACAGGAACCCGAAAAGCCGAUUUUACCAAAACGUCCUACUGAAGCUCGUGAUGCUCGCGAAAUUGCACGGAAACUAAUAAAAAGUGGAGCUAUUCAGGCUAUUAAAAGUCCUCCUCCACAGCCACAAAAUGCUACUUUCAAACGGCCUAGAGCAGGCAGAGAAAGGAAGUUGAGUGGGUCUGCUAGUGCUCCAGGUGGAGUGGCUUCUUAUCAACCCUUCAGUGCUUCUCAAGAGCCGCCACCACCUGAAGAUAAACAAGCUAAUCGUGUGAAGUACUUAUACGACUCGUUUGUCACUGCCAGGGAAAAAGAAGAGAAAUCACCUCGCCCUCCUCCACCAGCAGGCAGUGAAACACCAAUCCCACCAGCAAACCCCGCUGGCAGAAGUUCAGUUUUACUUGUAGUUGGACCUCGCAUCUCAGAAGAAACGAUAAGACGCCGCUUGGUCACAUAUGAACCAUUCACAUUUACUCAAGAACCAGAGGAUGAUAAAGCAUACUUGUCAUUCGAGACACCUGAAAUAGCGACACACGCGCUCGCUUCAAUGGAGGGGUUGGAAGACGGAUGGCGGGUAUCCAUAUCUCGCGGAAGGCCACCAACCCAGGCGCCUGGUUGGACCCCCGCUCCCUCGCCCCGCAACCCGCCGCCGCCUAAAGACCCAAAACGUACUUUGUUGACUUACGACGAUAUAUUUGAUUAAAUGUAAGUUAUUUUAUAAA